AUGUUUGUGUGCGCGCAUUGUUCGAUUAUGGCUGUCGAUCAUUUAUCAGACUUAUGUAAACACCGAUUCGGUGACAGCAAAAGUGGAGACUUACGAGUCCAUCGUGCAGAAUGUACGAAUAAAAUAAAUCAGCAUAAAAGCAUUUCCAUUAUGCAAAAAUUCAUUAAAGAUUAUGAAAAUAACUUAAAUGUAAUUAAAAACAAUCAAAUAAAAAUUUACAGGGCAAUAGACAGAUAUGCCACACGUAGGACUGAAGUCGAAACGAACUUCUUAACAGCAACUAUUUUCAGCCAAAUAGAAAAUUCACUUCAGCAGCUUUACGAUAGACUAGAAACCCUAGAAAAUGCAAUAACAUUCUCUCAUCAAGAAAAAAUGCACCCUAGUAUACUAGACGCGUCUUACCUCAUAGAAGAACUCAAUCAAGUACAAAAUGAAAUCAAUGGCAAUCUAGCAUUCCCCCCAAAUAUUAACAACUAUCAAAAUAAAAGCCUAUAG